UCCAUAUCUCAUUCUCACCUUAAAAAUCUCCAACCAAAUACUCUCUAUUAACUCCAUUUAUACAUCUCCUCCCACAAUCUCAACAAACCGUCAUUCCUGCAGCUUUUCUUCCCUUCAUUGAAGUGUGGAGGAGAAACCCAGAGAGUAGUGAUCUUUUUCAAUACCUUCUCUUCUGCAAGUUCUGCUUCUUCCGUGAAGAAUGCCACCGAGACGUGGACGUGGACUUGGGCGUGCACAUGGGCGCGGACGUGGACGUGGACGUGGACGUGGACGUGGAGAGGAGGACCCCGUGGACCCUCAGAAUGUAGAGGGAGAGCAACCACCACCACCACCACCACCACCACCACCACCACCUCUACCACCGCCUCAACCCAAACAAUACAUUGAUACCUUUUUUAGGCAAAACCCCACAGUUUGAUGGACUGGGAGAGCCGUCUAAGGCAGAGACUUGGAUACUCGCCCUCGAGCGCAUAUUUGAUUUUAUGGAGUGCACCGACAAGGAACGCCUCGCUUGUGUAACUUUCCAGUUAACCGGGCCCGCAGAUUUUUGGUGGGAUACCAAGCUAAGGACAAUGAACCCUGAACGCCGUGAAGCGCUUACUUGGGAGAUAUUCAAGGAAGAGAUGUACAAUAAGUACGUUCCCAUGAGCUAUAGGUGAGCAAAGGUAGUUGAAUUACAUACUUUGAAGCAAGGGAAUAUGACGGUGACAGAGUACGAUCGUGCACUGUGUGAAAUGACUCGAUAUGCUCCUGAGUUGGUGGAUAUAGAUGAGAAAAUGGCAGAAAAGUUCCUUGUUGGUCUCAAGCACGAAAUAAGAGUAGCAGUGGCAAGUCGCAGGACUUUCAUAUUCUGAGAUUUUGGCUUGUUCAUUAGAUGUGGAAGAAGCGUUGCCUAAGGAGAUGACAGUAGCAAAUACUACACCAGUGCCACUUCAACAACAUAAUUUUAGAGAUAAGAGGAAAUGGGAUGGAGAUCGGACUCCAUAUGAUAACAAGAGGCAGCAACCCAUCAGAAACACACCGCAGUACGGAGGUAGACAGAGUGCUCCCUAUCAGAGCGGUGACUUCCGGCCUAGAGCCCCCCCGUGUGCUAAGUGCUUUAAGAACCAUUUUGGGGAGUGCAAAGAAAUGAGCAAUAAAUGCUACACUUGUGGUGGAAAUGGUCACUUCUCUAGAGAAUGCCCGAGUAAGAUUAUGGGGGUGGGAGCAAGACAGAACAAUCAAGGGUUUCGUCCGCAAGUGCGGGCACUGCAAGCCAAGCCGAGGGGAUACUUACCCGCACCACAACAGCAGCAGCAGCAACAGCAACGUCAUCAAGGACUUCCCACUCAGGCGAGGUCAUAUGCUUUAAAAGGGAAACAACCGACGAACCAGCAAGAGAAUCAAGAGCAAGGAAACUUGGCAGGUAUGGGCACGCUCCUCGACAUGCCUAUUGUUGUUUUGUUUGAUACGGGUGCAUCACAUUCUUUUAUAUCAGCAUCAUGUGUGAAUACUUUAGAACUGCCUAUCAAUAGAACUGAACAGAGAAUGAGUGUGACUUCACCCGUAGGAGGAACUAUAGAUAUUUCACAAAUUUGCUCGAAUGUAGGAUUUACUAUGGGAGAACUUAAGCUAGGUGCACACAAAUUGCAAGUUAUGUCGAUGGGGGGUGUAGAUAUAAUUUUGGAAAUGGAUUGGUUGGCCGAGAAUCAUGUUACCAUUCACUGCAAAGAGAGGGAGAUCUCUUUCCGAACCCCUGGAAAGGAGCCGACUAUAUUUUAUGGGAUUUCUAUGAAUCGACGCAAGUCCAUAAUUUCUGCACUUCAAGCGACGACUAUGACGAGGAAGGGAUGCCCAGCGUAUCUCGUCUAUCUAAUAGGAGAGAAGAAGAAAGAAAGAAGCAUAGAGGAUGUGGCAGUAGUGAAAGAAUUUCCAGAUGUUUUUCCCAACGCCUUGCCAGGACCACCACCCGAUAGACAGUUGGAGUUUACAAUUGAUUUGGAGUCAGGAUCAACACCGAUAUCUAAAGCACCAUACCGUAUGGCGCCUAAGGAAUUGGAAGAACUUAAGAUACAACUACAAGAGUUGUUAGACUUGGGUUUCAUUAGACCCAGUGUGUCGCCGUGGGGAGCACCGGUGUUUUUCGUGAAGAAGAAGGAUGGAACAUUGAAGAUGUGCAUAGAUUAUCGAGAGUUGAACAAGUUGACACUCAAGAACAAAUAUCCACUGUCGAGGAUAGAUGAUUUGUUUGAUCAACUCCGUGGAGCCGGAGUAUUCUCAAAAAUGGAUUUGAGAUCGGGAUACCAUCAACUGAGAGUCCGAUGAGAAGAUGUACCCAAGAUGGCUUUCCGAACUAGAUACGGCCAUUAUGAGUUUAUAGUAAUGCCUUUCGGAUUGACAAAUGCCCCGACUGUAUUUAUGGACCUUAUGAAUCGUGUGUUCCAUCCAUACUUGGACAACUUUGUCUUAGUCUUCAUAGAUGACGUCCUUAUCUACUCAAAGAAUGAGAAGGAACAUGAAGAACAUUUGAGGACUACCUUGGAGACAUUAAGGGCCGAGAAACUCUACGCCAAGUUCAGUAAGUGUGAGUUUUGGCUUAAGGAAGUGAAUUUCCUUGGACACAUAGUGAGCGCGGAUGGAAUUCGAGUAGACCCUGCAAAGGUGGAAGCUGUACAGAAAUGGAAAUCACCAACCACACCUAAUGAUAUUCGGAGUUUUCUAGGACUGGCGGGAUAUUAUCGGAGAUUCAUCGAAGGAUUUUCUAAGAUAGCAAGGCCAAUGACUCAACAACUAAAGAAGGGGGUCAAAGUGAAUUGGACGCCGGAGUAUAAGGCGAGUUUUCAGUUAUUGAAAGAGAAGUUGACCACGACACCAAUUCUCGCCGUACCAGAGCCGGACACUAACUACGUGGUGUAUACCGAUGCAUCAAAAGUUGGACUCGGAUGUGUACUUAUGCAGAAUGGGAAAGUGAUUGUGUAUGCAUCAAGGCAGUUGCGGCCACAUGAGUUGAACUAUCCGACACAUGACUUGGAGUUGGCCGCAGUUGUACAUGCUUUGAAGAUUUGGAGACACCAUCUUUAUGGAGUUCGAUGUGAGAUAUAUACGGACCAUAAAAGCCUCAGGUACUUCUUUGAACAAAAGGAUUUGAACAUGUGCCAGCGUAGAUGGCUUGGGUUGGUGAAGGAUUAUGAUUGCAGUAUAAACUAUCACACAGGAAAGGCGAAUGUAGUGGCUGAUGCCCUAAGUAGAAAGUCUCAACCUCAAUUGGCCACUUUUCUCACGAACAAAGAGAACUUGAUACGAGAGUUCAGUAAAAUGCGAUUGGAGGUAGUGAGAGCACCCGAGACAGUGGAAGGAAGGAUCGCCACCUUGGUGAUGGAACCCGACCUAAGGGCUAGAAUCGUGGAAGCUCAAAGACGCGAUACUUUACUUGAGAAAAUCCGUUUGGAAGUGAGGACAGGGGAGCAAACCCUGCUCGGACUAGUGUACACCCCGUAGAUCGUGUGCUAUCUCUUUGGAGUUGGCCGGUCUAGUGACUUGGUUCGUGGCCACGUUCCUUGUCAUGUAUGUUUUUGGUGUACUUGGGUUUCUUUUA